AUGAAAAAGAAAAUCCAAAUAUUAAUAUUGUAUUUAUUAAAUGAUUGAUAUCGGUAUCGUGUAAAAUAGAGUGAUACAGAGAGUGUGUGUGUGGGUAAGCAGAAUAGAGAAGAAAAUGGCAGGUGCGGUUCCAGAAAACCUAAACAGAGAACAAUAUGUGUAUCUUGCGAAGCUUGCGGAACAAGCGGAGAGGUACGAAGAGAUGGUAUCGUUCAUGCAGAAGCUAGUGGUAGGGUCCACACCAUCGUCAGAACUCAGCGUCGAAGAGAGAAACCUAAUAUCAGUUGCUUACAAGAACGUAAUCGGAUCGCUUCGUGCGGCGUGGCGAAUCGUUUCGUCGAUUGAACAGAAGGAAGAAGGUAGGAAGAACGAAGACCACGUCGCACUCGUUAAGGAGUAUAGAUCUAAGGUUGAAUCGGAGUUAUCUAAUGUCUGUGCUAGCAUCCUUAACCUAUUGGAUUCGAAUCUUAUUCCUUCUGCUUCUUCCAGUGAGUCUAAGGUUUUUUAUUACAAAAUGAAAGGUGAUUAUCAUAGGUAUUUGGCCGAGUUUAAGAUUGGUGAUGAAAGAAAAUCUGCUGCUGAGGAUACUAUGUUGUCCUACAAGGCUGCACAGGAUGUUGCUCAUGCGGAUCUUCCAUCUACCCAUCCUAUAAGAUUGGGUCUGGCUCUCAAUUUCUCUGUCUUUUAUUAUGAAAUUCUCAAUCAGUCUGACAAAGCCUGUGCCAUGGCCAAACAGGCUUUUGAGGAAGCAAUUGCUGAGCUGGACACCUUGGGCGAAGAAUCCUACAAAGACAGCACUCUAAUAAUGCAACUUUUGAGAGACAACCUCACCCUUUGGACAUCUGAUGUUCAGGACCAGCUAGAUGAGCCCUGAUAUCCCUUACAGGUGGUCGGGUCGUAUUCUUCCUCUGAAGGAGGUGGGCUAUGAAUGUCAUUUAUAUGUGCUGAUUAAGAAUCGCCCUGGUUUAAAAAUUGAUUGGCAAUCUGUGAUAUAGUGUCUAAUGGACCAAGCUCGUUUUUUAUGUUUCAUAUGAUUUGGAUAUAUUGUCUUAAUGGGAGAUCCAAUUAAAUUAUUUUCACUGCAAUCUUCUUUUUCC